AAAUAAGAUAGUGAGUAGUAGACUGUGGAUGAUGGCUGUACAAGAAUAAGUGAAAAACAAAAGAGAGUUUUAGUAACCAAGAGACACAUGUAAUACAAACGAAUAAAUUUUCAUCAGUUUUCCAUUCGAAAUACAUACGUCGCAGGGAAAGAAAAAUACCAAGAAAAUACCGGAACAUACAUUAAAUAGAACCUAUACAAUACUAGAAGAUUGCAGUCCAGGAACAUCGAAGGACAAGAUCGACUCAACUCCACCAGUCUUAUAGGGUAACGUCAUCGACUUAUUAACUCCAGGAACAUCGAAGGACAAGAACGACUCAACUCCACCAGACUUAGAAGGUAACCUCAUCGACUUAUUAGCCUCAUUGACAAUGUCUGAGGUAGACGACAAAAAAAAAUCUGAUCCAUCGGAUUCGUUACCAAUAUCGACUGCAGAAGAAGAGUUAGCCGAAGUACUGGAAAGCGCCAACGCACUUGUUGAAACCAUUUCAAAACGGGACGAUGUGGAUCCAAACACAGCAAUUAUGGCACGCCAAUUACUUAGUAGUGUGAUGGAAUUAAAAGAUUUACCCUCCACCAAUACUAGAGCAGAUGAAAAUUUGGUUCAGCAAGCAAUUGCGGCCAAAACUAACGAGGAAAAACUCAAUGUUGUUAUUUCUGAGUAUGAAAAAACGAUUGCAAAACUAAUUCGGGAUAAUGCGUGUAUUGUAAAGGAACGUGACACGUUUCAAGUUCAUCUGGCCAAUGUCGAAGCUGCAUUUUCGGACGUACACCAGAAGUAUGAACGGUGUAAAGGGGUAAUCGAAGGAUUUAGCAACAACGAAAAAAUAUUAAAAGACACAAUAAAGGUGAACGAGGAUUCAAUAUUAAAAUUAAAUAACAAAUAUGAGGCUUUGAAAUCGCAUGCGAAGGGUCAACUUGAUAAGGCCAACGCUGAAUUAAUUGAGAUGAAGAAGAACUAUGAAGAUGAAAUAAUACGGUUAGAGGCAACCAUUAAAAAAUUAGAAUUAAAGAAUAGCUCGUUACAAUCAGCUGUGGAUCAGCGAGUCAAGGAAUGCGAGGAAUUAUCUAGCAUUUGUGAUGAACUUAUUGCGAAAGUUGGACGUAAAAAUUAACUUGAUUUAUUUACAAUUUAGUAAUUCAAUUCCAAAUUCGCAGUUAAACGUCAGAAACGUCAAACCAGUGUCAAACUUACUCAAAAACUUUUCAAUUUUAAUGUGUAAUGUGUAAACGUUACGACGAAGUGCAAUCGUGCAGAUUCCAGAACCAGAAGAGUAAGUCUGACGGCACGGCACGACACAUAACUAUAAAACUAUAAAACCCUCCUCAUUCCCCAAUCAACAAAUCGGGAUCGAUUUUCAAUUUGUUUUCAAACAUAGUGAUACAAUUUACUUAUUCUGUUCUGUUCUGUGUAACUGUAAUUACUUCCAUUUCCAUCAACGCAUUGCAUUCUGUUCGAAUCGAAUCGAAUCGAAUAGAAUUCGAUCGCUAUAUUUCUUUUGUACAGGGUGCAACUUAAAUAAGAGCUCCUUCUUUAUUUUUCGUUUAAUGUUGGAUGUUUAACUCGUUUCCAAGAUAGAGUGAUAACAAUAAUGAAACAUAAGAGUGGUACCGCAAAUGGGUCCUUAGCACCUGUUACUCAAACACGAGACGUUUCCUGGUAAGAGAUCCUAUUUAAAGCAGAUGAAGCUCAUAGCUUCUCCGUCGGGAUUUCUCCCAAGAUUAAUACAUUUAAAGUUUCGGACCCAAACAUUCUCAAAUAACAUAUAUAGAGGUAUCGUUCUCCCCUACAAGUAAGAUCAUCAGAGACCUCCACCCUUCUGUGCUCUAGACCAAAACUGAGUAAUUAAAAGUGGGAGAAUCGGAUCCUAUCAGGGGAUAUGAUUGAUUAAGAAUUAAUCAGAGAAUGUUGGAAAUGAGGAUGUUUUUGAGUUAAAACGUAACGUAACGUUAUUGUAAGUUUUGUCAGUUUGAUUAAGAUCGAGAAGUGUGUAUUUUUAAGUUACACCCUGUAGAUAAUAAUUAGUAUUAAAUUUUUCCAUUAAUAUAUCAAAAUGUCCAUUUUAUAAAAAAGAAAAACUAGUCUGUACUUUAUUCACUUCAUUUCCACUUAAUGGAAAUUAUCAAAAAUUUUUCGAAAUUUAGAAUGGCAAUCGAUUUUGAAAUAUGUAUUUAAAAGUAUUAGGAAACAUUCUGAGACACUAAAACUUCGAGGUGGAUUCGAUCCACGAACACAUUUUUCAGGAUACAUUUGUCCUAAAAUAUAAAUUCUGAAAACCACUUCGACUCUUCGACGAUGUAAUCACGAAAUGUCAGUGUUUGAGUCCAGUUUUUCUCAAAUUUUAGAAACAGUCGAGGGAAUUUUUGCUAUAACCUUAAAAAAAUUUGGUUCUAUUAAUUGACCUUCUCUUGUCGAAUAUUUCCUAAAACAAACAUUAUUGCGAUGGCCAUUCUAGAAAAUAAUUUUGAAAAAUGUUUGUAACAUAUGCAAAACUAAAAUAUACCCCCCCCCCCCCCCCUAGAUAUAUUUUCACAAUCACUAAAAAAAUAGCACACUAAAAAAGAAAAUAGUGAACUUGUUCUUGUUUACAGUAUAGAAAGUAUUUUAGAGUGUUCGCAGUCGUAAGUGAGACCCCCUAUCCAAGGGAUCCAAGCCCCUGUCAAAAAAAACUUCAAAAAUUUCAAAGUUAAAAAGUUGAUCGUGUCUCGGCGAAAUCGAAUUUUUUUUAUAGACCAAUUUCUUUUAAAGCUUGUCGCCUUUUGUUUUUGAAAAGAGGGCAUGCCAUGUUGGUUUGUCCCAAGUUCUAGGGGGUCUCAUUCUCACUUAAUAAACGCUAAACCGCUUUCUAUAAUUUUAUUUAAAAUUUUUAUAAAUGUGUUAUUGAGAUGUAAAUUUAUUGGCUGAUCGAUAUUCUUCAGGAUCUUGGCAACUUUGAUUCAUGUUCUUUGAUUAAUCGUCUAAAAUGAACCUUGAUACAAUUUUUUUAUUUUUUGGAGUAAAAGGUGUUUUUUUAAGUUGAGAUGUACUUGAAACUCGAAAAAUAAGUUUUAUCGCGACAAGAUGUGUGUCUUUCUUUUUUAGUUUGAUGGAUUUUGUUCGAUUAAACUUGUUUUUCGAGUUGCACGUAUAUUUCAAGUUAAAUGAAACAACCUGUAUAUUGAGUUUUAUAUAAUUCCGUUCAGUUCGUUCCUUUCCAGAUCCAUUUUGAAUAUCGAUCAGUCGAUACAAAUUUGAAUAUUAAGGUAUUUCGUUUCGUACCCAUAAUCCAUCGUAUUAAUAUUAAAAACGGUUUUUCAUAAUUUA